AGGUAAUUAGUAUUGGCUUUUAGGUUUAGCAUGUUGUUUCUGCUAUAAAUUUUAACGUAAAAGCGAUAUAUAUAAAGAUUAUUUUUGUAUAAGAAUGGCGGCAUUGUUGAAGAAACGUGCUCUUGCAGAAUAUAGCGAAGUUAUAGAAGAAUUGCCGAAACCCAAACCUUUGAAAAAACUGUGUUUAAGCAAGAAACCAUCUUACCCGGGAACUGUCGAUUUGGAAUUAUUAAAAACGUGUAAUUCCUCAGAAUCUUUACAGUUACUGAUAGAAUUAUCAGAUUCUUUGCCAAGUGAAUUGGAAGAUGUAAUGUCUGUUUAUAGAGUUUUAAUGGAACAUCUUCAUAAAGAAAGAGAAUCUGCAGUUAGAGUAAAAAUAGUUUCCAUCUUGAGACAACUGGUUGAUAAAAAAUUGAUUGAAUCAAACUGCUUUUUAGAUGAUAUUGUUCCAAUUAUAAAAAGUGAAACUUCUCAUAAAGUAUUAGCUCACUUAAUUGAGACGUUUCACGUUUUAGGAAAAGUUGGACACAAUGAAUUAAGAAUGCAACAGAAAAUAUUACAUAUAACUAAGCAGUAUCUGACUGAUAAAACCCAUAGUGUCGUUUCCGCUUGCCUUAAAGUGAUAAGUGAUUUUACGCCGGUCGAUAUACACUCGGAAACUAAUUCUUUAACUUUAAAAAUAUUGGGAGAAUAUAGUCAUAAUCAAGAUCCUAGAAUUCGUACGUCGGCAUUACAAGCUCUAGUUCAUUUGCAUAAUAGAGGAUUAAAAUUAGAUUUAAGCUUGUAUGAUGAAGCGUGUAAAGCUUUGAAUGAUGAUUAUGAAGGUGUAAGAAUGGUAGCUUUAAAAUUAGUUAAAAUCCUCAGUUUUUCUUAUGCUGAUCAUAUGAUCACUCUAGAUGGAGGAACAGAGAAAAUAAGAUUAUGUGAUGAUAUAUUUGGAAAAAUAUGUGAAGCAAUAAAUGAUCUGUCAAAAUAUGUGCGUGUAUUAGCGGCUUCACUUUUGGGUGAAAUGAAACAUGUCAGUCUUCAUUUUUUGGAACAAACACUUGACAAGAAGUUAAUGUCAAAUUUGAGGAAAAAACGUUCCGCUCAUGAACGUCAAAAAGAAAAUUAUGAAAGUGGUGAAUGGUCAACGGGACAGAGAUGGGCAGAUGAUGCACCAAGGGAAGAAUUAAAUAUAGAAAGUGUUAAUUUAAUGAGUUCUGGUGCUUGUGGGGCAUUUGUUCAUGGUUUAGAAGAUGAAUUUUAUGAAGUAAGGAGUGCUUCUCUUGAUUCCCUUUGUCAAUUAGCAGUCUGUUUUCCAAGUUUUGCUGCUCAAUCCUUAGAUUUUUUAGUUGAUAUGUUCAAUGAUGAAAUUGAAGAUGUCAGACUUAAAGCUAUAAAAUGUCUUGGUUGCAUUAGUCAUCAUAUUGUUCUUAGAGAAGAUCAACUAGAAACAAUACUAGGUGUUUUGGAAGAUUUUUCUAUGGAUAUAAGAGAAGCUCUUCAUACCAUGCUUGGCAGCUGUCCCCUGUCCACAAAAUUUGGUUUAAAAUUAUGUAUUGAUAAUCUCUUAGAAAAUUUGAAAAGAUAUCCCCAAGAUAAAUUGUCAAUUUGGAAAUGUUUAAAACAUGUUGGUGCUAAUCACCCAUAUCUGACUCUACCCCUUGUUCCAGAAUUACUUGGUAUACAUCCAUAUUUUGAUAGUCCUGAACCUUGCAUAGAUGAUCCAGCCUAUAUAAGCAUUCUUAUUCUUGUUUUUAAUGCUGCUGCUAGUUGCCCAACUAUGAUUCCUUUAUUUGAAGAACAUACUUUAAGACAUUAUUCAUAUUUAUGUGAUACAUUUCCAGCAUUUGUGUCAAAAUUAAAUUUGCCCAAUCAAUCUUGUACCCCUUCUCAAGUUACCUCAUCUACACAGCAUUCACGAGGAUUUUUACAGCAAGUUCUUGAUCAGAUUGAUAAUGCAGAAUGUAGGAGUUCUUCUGCUAAACAGGGUUUAUUGCAAAUAGCAAUAAGAGACUUGGAAAAAUUGUCAACAGUUGAACCAAGCCUUUCUGCUGCUGCUAGCUGUGCUAGUUUAUAUAUUCAAUGUCAAUUACUUUUGGCAAAACUUCUUUCCAAUAAAAAUUGGAUGAAUCCAUCUGUUCUGUCACCCUUGCAAAAUAGUGCUUUGAAAUCUGGUUUGGAACAGCUUUUACAAUUAACUUAUUAUUUGAGUCAUCAGUUUUUAGGUUUAUACCCUGAAGAAAUUGCAUAUAUCAGACAGUUGCGAGUAAGAGCACUUGCAUUACAAUUAGUUAUUGUUAUUAGAGGUAGUAAUGUUUCUGCUUUGGCACUAUGUGAAAGUUUUCUUGAGCAGGUUGAAGCUUUACAGUCUGAUUUACAGGAACACAAUAUCAAUCCAGAUAGCUUUACUUUAGCAAUGUUUCGAGAAUUAGAAACUUUAGAAGAGCCUAAGCCAGGUUCUGUUGCUAGAUUACUUCAACCACUAUUACAGGCUUAUCCUUGUCCAUCAUUUCAUCUUAACACAAGUGGAAAUUCCUUAGAAAGAAUUAAAAAAUCAAAAGCAGUAAUUCAUGAACCUACAGGAGAAUCUGAUAAUCCAGUAAAAUUUACUGCUGGGCUUGUAGCUGGAUUGACAUUAGAUGCUCAGAUUGAAAAUGUUAAUGAUGUAAAAAAUGUUCGUGUUAAAGUGAAAUAUCCUGAUCAGCAAGUUCAGUUAAUAUUACCAAAGUUAUCAGAAUUUAAACUUCAAGACAAUCAAAAUUAUAGACUUUAUACUGUAAUUUUGUUAUCUCAUAAUGUUUGGUCAGAAGCUUGCCAUGUAGAGAUAAGUUUGGUUUUAGAUUUUAGUGAUACUGAAAACAUUGCCAGUAUGAAAAGCAGUGGUAAACCAUGGUUUGGAAGCAAAAUGGAAGAUCAGACUAUUCCACUUUGUAAACCUGUUCUGGGCUAUAUAGCACCAAAACCAGCAAAAAAAGGAAUAUAAAGUUAUAAAAUAAAAUUUUUUACUUUUAAGCUUCAUUUAAACAUUUGUAAUAUAUGUGAAUAUAUUAUAUUUUAUUCAUUAAUUUUUUCAACAUCAGUAUUAAAUGUUUGUUUGUGUUUAAUGUAUUUCUAUACAUUUAUAAUAACUUAUACCAAUACCAAUCUAGUAUAAAUAGAAGUCAAUUUGAAUUCAAACAGAGUCUGUGGUUAGUUAUUGAUCAUUUGGCAUAUUAAAACUGACCUGUAUGACCUUUAUCUUUAGAAGAGAUAGUACAAUUUAAGGUUAAUAAAACUAGGAAUGUGCUUAUUUGAUGUGAGAAGUGUGGAUUCAAGUUCAGAGACAGGCAGCACUUUUAAGUACUCUAAAUUAUUGGUUGAAUGAACUCAAUACAUUUAAUUAUAAUUCUUCUUUUCUUAUAUUUUCUGAUAGUUAAUUUAGUCUAAUAUGACAUUGGUUAUUUGGUUGAUUAUUUGAUUAUUUAAUUUUAUGAGUAUUAAAACAAAAUUAUUUUGCAUUCUGAUAAUUUUUUUAAUUAAUUAAAUGUUAAAUGAUGGAAUUGUCCAGAUUUGGAUAUAGAAAUAAUAUAUGUACAAUAAUAACUUGUUAUAUCAUCAGUAUAUUAAGACAUUUACAUAAUGAAGUAAAAUAGAAAUGUUUUAGUUGUUAAAAUAUUAAUUUUAAAUGAUAAUUAAAUGCCACCUAUAUUACAAUAAUAUACUGUAGGAAAUAGAUGACAAAACAGUUUAGAAGUUAUUUGAAUUUAUAAAUGAUAAAUAAAUACCCUUUUGCAAAAAAAUUUAUGCAUUUUAAAGCCAAUAUGCAGUAGUAAUCAAAAUUCUGCAUAUAUAUAGAAUGGUAGUAAAAAAAUAAAAAUUAGUACAAUAUCAUAGUACAAGAAUGUCAUUGAAGAACAAUUCCAUCACAAAUUUUACAAAUUGUAAAUUGGCAAACCCAAUCUGGCAUUACUGCAAACUGGUCAAUGUUAGAGUGGCUUCACAACUUACUAACAUUUGUGAUGAAACUAUUUUUCAAUGAUAUAUCCUUAUGUUGUGAUAUUGUAAUGAAAUUUUUAUUUUUUUGCUACUAUUUUUUAUGCAAAAUUUGAUUACUAUUGCAUGUUGGCUUUAAAAUGCAUUGAUUUUUUUCCCUCACCAGAAUUAUAAGAGUUCAAUAUGAUUUAAACUUGCAGAAUCAAAAAUUUUAUAUUUUAAUAAAACCAAAUAAAUCAUGAUUUUAAUAAAUUUAUAAGAAGUAAAUAUAGCAAAUAGCUGUUAAAAAUAUGAUUUAAUCCUGCUUUUAUAGCUGAGUGGCAUACAUUGCACCCAUUGGUGGUGUGCAGGUAUGAAGAGCCAUUUCAUAUGAAUCAUCUCUAUAGUCUGUUUCACUAUAACUUUGUGUAUACUUCUACAAGAAAUAGUUUGCAACAACAGUACUCUUUCUUAACAAUUGUCUCUGGGACUAAAUUUAUAAUAAUUAACAGAUGUUCGUAUUUUUAUUAGGACACUGCUAUUGCUUCUACAUACAAUGAGACUAGUAAUGCAUAGAAACAGCACAUUUUGUAGCAUACAGUGAUGAGGAGAUCACUUCAGUUCUUUGUUUCAUGCACAAAGUUACAGUGAACAGACUAUUAGUGCAAGGGACAUUGACAGCACAGCAUUAUGUUUGGAAAGUUAAUUUAGUGCAAAGUGUAUCAUUUGACAGUUAAUUUUCAUAACUAAUUUUUUCACAAACAUGCUAUAAGAAGUCAUGUCUUCCACACUAUUUUCAGUAAAAACAGUAUAAUAAAACUUAACAAAAUGUACAUUUUUGGCUACAUUCUGGCCUGCUUUAGGUUUUAGCAUUCAGGAAUUUAAAAUUUAAAUAGAAUAAAAAGUUGGAACAUUGCUACUGUCAUUAAAUUUUGUUGUAAAUUGAAUAAAAGGGGAAGUAAUAAAACAAAUUUAUCAGAUAUAUGGUUAUGAAGCAUAUUUUAAUCAAUUUCUUGUAUGUUUACAUGUUUUUGAGUCAUAUAAUAGAAAGGAAUUGAUCAAACAGGCUAUCAGUGCGCAGGCAUGACAAUGCACUUUGUGAAAUAGCUCUGUCCAAAUUGAAAUCUUUUAAAAAUAUUAGAAUGUUCACUAAAAUAAGAUGGAAAUAAGUUUUCUAUUAAGAUUAUUAUAUACAGUGUGAGAUUUAAAAAGU